UCAAAGGAAGUGGUGCACUGCAGUUACAACAGCCACUGGAGUGGCAGCAAGAGGCCAGAAAGCACUGCUGCUCAUCUGGUUUCCUGAACAUUGCGCAGUUCUGCCAUCUUUCCUGUUUCACUUCAUCCGGGGAUUUCCAUCAGAGCUGUCAGUCACUUUCAGCGUGUCAUGAGUGGUGCAGGUGCAGGGUCGUUGGUUCUCAUUGGCUGUCUGCUGAGAGGUGCUCUGUGCCAAAAUGGGAAAGUCUUGAUUCCCAGCGGUAUUAAGGCUCUGAGUGGAUCUUGUGUGCUAAUUCCAUGUAGAUUUACAUUGGAGUCUAAAUAUGAGUCAUCCCUCACUCGUCCAUGUAAAGGAACAUGGAACAGAGUAAUCGUGAAACCAGUGUUAAUGGCACCCACAAGAGAUGACUUGCUGGAGAAGAACUGCACCACUAUCUUGAACCUUCCUUACCCUUAUCCCCGUUCCUACCUAUCCCAAUCUUUCUUCAACCUUGAAUGUGACAAAAGUCUUCCAUUUAAGUUUCCUGAAAGCAUCAAUAUUGAUGUUAAAGACUCUCCUCCCCAACCCACUCUAACCCCAGUUACAGUGAUUGUGAAAGAGGGGGAAUCAGUGAUUUUGAUCUGCUCUGCUGCAAGCCCCUGUCCCUUUCUCCCUCCAACUCUGACAUGGACCCCCAGACUGGGUGACAGUGUGAAGAAACAAAACAAAAGAAGGCACCAAACUGAAGUCACGGAAUCUACUCUGACCUUCACUGCAUCAUACCUUCAUCAUGGACAGACAAUGUCCUGCACUGCUCUCUACAAACGACAAGAUGGCAACAGUGAUGUAUCAUCUGAGAAAAGCCUCACAAUCACUGUUCUAUACCCUCCCAGGAACACCUCAGUGUCAGUCCGUCCCUCUGGUUCAGUGGUAGAGGGCAGCUCUGUGACUCUGACCUGCAUCAGCAAUGCCAAUCCAGGAGUAUUGACCUACAACUGGUUUAGAGUUGAUGGAAAACAGUUCACAUCAGCGGGGUCUAGAAGAGUUGUAACUAUCCAGGUGUCUGCAGACAACAGCCAGUUCUACUGUGAGGCCAGCAAUUAUCUUGGGUUGCAGAAGUCUACUGUCAUUCAACUAGGUGUGCCAUACCCUCCCAGGAACACAUUAGCAUCAGUCAGUCCCUCUAGUUCAGUGGUAGAGGGCAGCUCUGUGAGUCUGACCUGCAGCAGCAAUGCCAACCCAGCAGUGGGGCGCUACAACUGGUACAGAGUCAAUGGAGAACAGGUCACAACAGUGGGGGCUAGAAGAAUGCUAUCUGUCCAGGUACCAGCAGAUGACAGUUAUUUCUACUGUGAAGCCAGCAAUGAUCAUGGAACAGAGAACUCAUCUGUCAUUCAACUAGAUGGGAUGUACCCUCCCAAGAAGACAUUCGCGUCAGUCAGUCCCUCUGGUUCAAUGGUAGAGGGCAGCUCUGUGACUCUGACCUGCAGAAGCAAUGCCAAUCCAGCAGUGAAGAGCUACACCUGGUACAGAGUUAAUGAAGAUCAGGUGGCACCAGUGAAGUCUACAAGAGUGCUAACUGUCCAGGUGUCGCCAGACAACACCCAGUUCUACUGUGAGGCCAGAAAUGACCUUGGAUUGCAGAAGUCUGCUGUCUUUCAGCUAGGUGUGGCAUAUAAACCCAGGAACACCUCAGUAUCAGUCAGUCCCUCUGGUCUAGUCGUAGAGGGAAGCUCAUUGACUCUGACCUGCAGCAGCAAUGCCAACCCAGCAGUGAAGACCUACAACUGGUACAGAGUCAAUGAGAGCAAGAUGGUCCCGAUGGAGUCUAGAUCUCAGUCUCUGGUUCUGCAGGAUAUCAGUGAGAGUGGACUGUUCUGUUGUGAAGCACAGAAUAGCUAUGGCAAAGAAAUGGCCAACAUCUUUGUGUAUCUGCACCACUUCCCCUCCACACCUACAGUAUCAGUUCCAUCCAUAAUCUGUGGAGUGGUCAUUGUCCUGUGGAUUCUAACAGUCAUCUUCGGAGUCUAUAGAUAUAUCAGAUUAUCCAGAGGACUGAAGUCAGUAGAUGUCACAUACGCCACACUAGAGAUCUCCAACGUGACCUCUACUUAUGAAGUCAUCCAGAGGAAAGAGCAUGGUAGCAGAGGAGCACAGAGGGAGACCAGUGGCAGUGAUAUGUGAACGCUGCAGAGGGGAGAGAGACAGUAACACCAUGACUGUAGAUCUGGAUUCAUGGUUUCAGCUCUACCUGAGGGAAGUGAAUAUAGGGACUGUGGUAAUAUACCUCAUCAGAACCUUUUUCAUCUAUCAGACAAAUGUAAAUAACAAACAUAAAUCAAGCUUUUCACUUUGUCAUCUCCAAAUAUUUUAGUUUAACCAUCCAUUUCCACCCUUUAUGUUUAUUUCAGUUCAUCUGUAUUUCAGGUUUUAUUGCACAUUUUUAUAUUCAUUCUAUAAUUAUAUCAUAUGUAUUAAUUUCUUGAUGAUGAUGAAUUGGUUAAUUGUACUAGAUGGUUCUUCACUUGUGGUCCUCUGUAGCUCAGUUGGUAGAGCAUGGCACCAGGAUAGUGGAUUCGGUUCCCGGGUCCAACCAUAUGUAAAAUGUAUGCACACAUGACUGUAACGAACCGUUCAGAAAUUGCUGGGGGAGAGGGGGUGUCAAUAAAAAAGUUUAACAUAU